AUGACCGCGCUGGAGCAAGCGCAGUCGCGGUCGCGCGCCGCGACGCCGUCCGAAGCGGGCAGCACCGCGGCGCCGAAGCGCAAGAUCCUCGUGCGGAAGCUCAAGUCGAGCGCGACGAAGAGCGACGCCCUGGGGGGCACCGCGGACGCCCGCGACGCGGGCGGGCAUCAUCUUCAUCAUCAUCAUCUCUUCCAGAGCGGGCGCGCGGCGUCGAGCGGCGCGCCGAGGUCGACCAUCUCGCGCGGGUCUUCCCUCGCGAGCACGCCUCGGCACGCGUUCGACUUCACGCGCGGGUUCGACGCGACGACGUCCGCGUCCGCGGCGAGCUCGCGAGGGGGCCCGAAGACCCGCGCGGACGAACGCGCGCGGUCGCCGAGCCCACCGCCCGAGCCCGCGACCGCGCGCGCGAUCGCGCCGGGGGGGCCGAGGCCGGACGCGAGGUCCGGGAAGCGCAGGGAAUGGGCCGUCCUCGGCGACGUCGGGGAGUACGAGCGGACGCUGCAGAAGAAGAUCGAGCAGGCGAAGCUGGAGAUGCCGCCGACGCCGGAGGCGCUGCCGGAGCUGCCGCCGCACCUGGACCGCGCGGCGCGCGACGUGAAUGGGGGGAAAUUCGUUCGGCAUUACCAGAGAGCGUUUCGCGUCCUCACCGAGAGACGACGGGAGGCGGCGAACUUCGCGAACCAGCUCGAAAACGCGCGCGUCGCGGAGGCUGCCGAGCUCGCGCAGAAGAGCAAGGAGGACGUCGGGUGGGAGCUCCACGUGAAGAUGACUAACAUCGCUCAGGAGAACGCGUUGAAUCAGUGGGAGCGUCAACGCGAGAGCUGGGAAAAACUCAUGCGCGCGCACGCGGCGGCGCACGGGAAAUCUGUGGGCGACAUCGCGAUGGCGCGCUGCGACGAGUGGCGACGGAAGAACGAGGUGUUCGCGCAUCACGACAUGGCGGUCCCGAUCCACGAGCGCGAGGGCGGGUGCCAUUGGGAGUGGCGCAUGUCUCUGAAGAACAAUUACAUGCGGUACUACCCCGUCGGGAACAUCUUCAGGCGCGUUCUAUACACUGGUCCCGAUACGACCGCGUCCGCGUGGUGA